AUGGCGAUUCCGCGUGAGAAAGGGCUAGUGCGCCUUUACAUACAGCUCGCAGACAUCAGGCCCGCCCGUGGAGAGAGGUUCGACCGCUCGGCGGUGACGGAAGUCAUGAUCUUCGACGCCGCCCGCAAGAUCCUGCUCCCCUACAAAAUCUCAUACCACCUCAACGAUUGCGUGUUCAUCGCAGGGGACGCCGUUCAUACAUAUUCCCAUAAAGCUGGACAGGGCAAGAAUUUCAGCAUGCAAGACACGUACAAUUUGGUGUGGAAGAUCGGGGCCGUGGUUCAGAAGACGGCAUCCCGAUCGCCACUGUCUACGUACGAAUCCGAACGAAGGAUGCUGGCGCUGCAGCUCGUUGAUUUUGAUCCCAAGUUCUCGCACCUGUUCUCGGGCCGGCCUGCCAAAGGCAUUGCUGAUGACGUGGGAAUCUCUAUCGGCGAGUUAAGGGAGGCUCUGGAACAAGGCAAUAGGUUCACCUCGCAGAUCUCGCUAAAGUACGAGCCGAGUUUAGCCGUCGCUGAGUGCCCAUCCGACAAGAAUCACCGGGUCGGAGUGCCUGCCUAUCUUGUAGGACUCACGGUAGGCAUGCGAUUUCCAUCCUUCCAGGUCGUCUGCCAGUGUGGUGCCACUCCGCGACAGCUUGGCGAUGUGCUCGAGUCCGACGGGUUGUGGCGAUUGAUCGUCUUCUCUGGCGCCGUGACGUCGCGGGACAUUAGAACCCUGAGCCGCACCCAGGCCAUUGGAGACAGGUUACUAGAAUCCGAGUCGCCGCUCAACAACGCGGCGAUCCUUCCUCUCCUGGUCCACGCGUCUGCUCGCAGGGAGGUUGAGCUCCUAGAUAUGCCUAGGGCGUUCUACACGCAGCGAAAUACAGACGCGUACGACUAUCAUCGGGUAUUCCCCGACGAUCUAAGCUACCGUCAUGGCCACGGACAUGCCUACGAGAAGUACGGCUUGGACAAAGGCAAGGGUCGGCUGGUGUUGGUGCGACCAGAUCACUAUAUCAGCUGGGAGGUGAGUUGGACAGCAUCCAAGCAGUUGAGGAAUUCAUAUCAAAAACCUUGA